AUGAAGCUCUCCACAGUCCUGCCGCUGGCCGUGCUGGCGUGCGCAGGCUCUGGCCUCGCCGUCCUUUCGCCCGAGCCCGACUACCAGCAGCUAUUCGCCGAACGCGAUGUCGACGCCGCCGCCCACUUCCUCGAGCGCAGACAGCAGGGUAUCGGAGGCGCUGGUCAGAACGGCCCUGGCUACCAGACCGUCCCCAGCGUGCCGUUCAACGGAAACGACUCGCUACCCUACUCGCCACCUUUCUACCCGACCCCUCAGACCAAGGGAACCUCUCAAAAUUGGAAGGACGCCAUCGGCAAGGCGCGCGAGUACCUCCAGCAAUUCAACCAGACCGAAAAGGUCAUCCUCACCACCGGAUCCGGUUGGGAGCGUGGACCAUGCGUCGGCAACAUCUCGCCCAUCCCGCGUGUCGGCUUCCCUGGUCUUUGCCUCAUGGACGGCCCCGCUGGUGUGCGAGGCACCGACCGUGUCACCUCUUUCCCCGAUGCCAUCACCGCCGCCGCAUCCUUCGAUCGCGACCUCUUCUACAAGCGUGCCCACGCUCUCGGUGAAGAGUUCAAGACCAAGGGUGCCAACAUCUGGCUGGGACCCAUGAUGAACGUCGCACGUACCCCCCUUGGUGGCCGUAACUGGGAAGGCUUCGGUGCCGACCCGUACCUGAAUGGCGAGGGCUCGUACUAUUCGGUCCUUGGCGCACAGGAUGCCGGCGUGCAGGCCACACUCAAGCAUUACAUCAACAAUGAGCAGGAGCACUUCCGAAACGAAGGCAGCUCUAACCUCGACUCGCGCACCGAGCGCGAGAUCUACCUGCAUCCUUUCCUCCGCGGUGUCCAGGCGGGCGCAGCAUCGGUCAUGUGCUCGUACAACCUCGUCAACAACUCGUGGGCCUGCCAGAACUCGGAGCUGCUCAACAACCGUCUCAAGACCGAGCUGGAGUUCCCCGGCUACGUCAUGUCGGACUGGGGUGCCCAGCAUGCCGGUGUCGCUUCUGCCAACGCCGGCCUUGACAUGACCAUGCCCGGCGACGUGCUCUGCUGCAGUCUUCAGGAAGGCUCGCUCUGGGGCGGCAACCUCACCUCUGCCGUCAACAAUGGCUCGGUCGCCACCACGCGUCUCGACGACAUGGCCACGCGUAUUCUUGCCGGUUGGUUCUUGCUCGGCCAGGACCAGGGUUACCCCAAGGCCAACUUCAACUUCUUCGACAAGAAGGAUCCAGCCACCAACCAGCAUGUUGACGCGACGGCCGAUCACGACAAGAUCGCCCGCGAGGUUGCCAGCGCCGGUACUGUGCUGCUCAAGAACCGCCGCAAUGCUCUUCCGCUCAACAAGCCAGGCAGCAUGGCUGUCAUUGGCUCGGAUGCCGGACCGCUGUACCAGGGCGCCAACUACUGGCCCGACCGCGCGCAGAACGGCGGUCUGCCUUACGGCACCCUUGGUCAGGGCUGGGGUUCCGGAUCCACCGACUACUCGUACUUCUUCUCGCCCUACGAGGCGCUGCAGUCGCGUGCCCGCAAGGACCGCACCGGCAUCGCGUGGAACUUUGACGACUUCAACCUGGCACAGAGCGUCAUGAUCGCCAACAUGACCGACGUUGCGCUCGUCUUCGUCAGCGCCGAGAGCGGUGAGGGCUACAUCACCGUGGACCGCAACGAGGGCGACCGCAACAACCUCACGCUCUGGAACCAGGGCGAGCAGCUCAUCCGCAACGUCACGGCGGUCAACAACAACACGAUCGUCAUUGUGCACUCGACCGGCGCCGUCGACAUGGAGAGCUUCGCCGAAAACCCCAACGUGACGGCGAUCGUCUGGGCCAACCUUCCUGGCAGCGAGAGCGGCCGUGCGCUCGUGGAUGUGCUGUACGGCGACUACAACCCCAGCGGUAGGCUGCCGUACACGAUCGGCAAGAACCGCACCGACUACGGCACUGACGUGUUGUACUACAACGACACGGUCACGCCGCAGAUCAACUACACCGAGGCGCUCAACAUCGACUACCGCUACUUUGACACCAAGAACAUCGAGCCCAGGUACGAGUUUGGCUUUGGUCUAUCGUACACCAAGUUUGCCUACUCGGGCGCGUGGACGCAGCAGAUCGGGUCGGCCGACAACAGCUGGUGGGGCUCGGCGAAUGCCUCGACGGGUCUGCCCGAGUGGCUCUUCGAGCCCAAGUACGAGGUGACGUUCUCGCUGACGAACACAGGAGACUGGGAUGGCCAUGAGGUGUGGCAGGCGUACCUCGAGUUCCCCAGGAGCGCGGGCGAGCCGCCCAAGGUGCUCCGUGGUUUCGGCCGCGAGAAGAUCAGCAAGUACAACACGAAGGAGGUCAAGUUCCACCUGAGCCAGUACGACGUCUCGACGUGGUGCAACGACAAGCAGCAGUGGCUGCAGCCCGAUGGCAAGCUCAAGGUGCUCAUCGGCGCCUCGUCGCGCGACAUCCGCCAGGCCGUGGUGCUCAACUGA